CUGCUUCUGGCAGGGAGGGAGGAGCGGGCACCCACCUACCCGCGGGGUAGCGGGGACUGUAGUAGAGUCCCUCCCUCCCGGGCACCUCACCCCCUCUCCUCUGCCACCAACAGACGCCCUCCUGGCGGACCUGGAGUCUACCACCUUGCACAUCUCCAAGCGGCCCGUGUUCUUGACCGACGAGACGCCCUAUUCGUACCCGACGGGCAACCACACGUACCAGGAGAUCGCCGUGGCCCCGCCGGUGCCCCCGCCGCCCUCCAGCGAGGCCCUCAACGGCACCGUCCUGGACCCCCUGGACCAGUGGCAGUCCGGCUCGUCCAGAUUCCUUCACCAGCAGCCUCGGUCCCCGUCCCCCGUGUACAGCUUCAGUGCCAAAACCUCCAGUGCCUCCGGCCCCCCGGACGCCUUCGACUCCUUCGGCUCCCCCUGCUCCCAAGCCGGCGAGGAGGAGCACGUUUACAGCUUUCCCAACAAGCAGAAGUCGGCGGAGCCGUCCCCCACCAUGAUGAGUUCUUCGCUGGGCAGCAAUCUGUCGGAACUGGACCGGCUGCUCCUGGAGCUAAACGCUGUGCAGCACAACACCCCCGGUGGCUUCCUGGCAGAUGACGCCAGCCAAAGCCCCCCGCUGCCCGGGGCCCCGGGCUCUCACUACGGGAUCCCCGAGAACAGCAGCCCCCCGGGCGGCAAGGCCACCCCCCCGACGAAAGAGAAGCCCAAGCGCAACAACGGGAACCGGGGGCCGGAGGAGGCCCGGCCCAGCGUGGAGACCCUCCUGGACGAGCUGGAGAGCUCAGUGCCCAGCCCCGUUCCGGCCAUCACCGUGAACCAGGGGGAGGUGGUCCCCUCCAGCCAGCAGCAGACCCGCAUAUCCGCCUCCUCCGCCACCCGCGAGCUGGACGAGCUGAUGGCGUCGCUCUCCGACUUCAAGCGAGGGCGCGGGGGUCUCAGAGAGGGCGCGGGGGCUUCGUGUUAUGCACACGCAGGGCGGGCAGAGAGAGGAUUGGGCAGCGCGGGCAUUCCUGGCCCCCGAGGCCUGCCAAAUUCCUCGUUCUCCCCCGUCCAGAAGCCACUGGCUUUGUGCCUCGGCUUCUCCCUCCACCGGUUUUCCAGCCCUCUGACCUCCGGGGCCGUGGGAGCACACGCAAGAGUGACAGUUGUGCUGGAUUGUCAUGGUCGCCUGCCACCCGCUCGGAUCCAGAGCCGUCAAUCACGUUCCUCACCUCUUCUCUCCGCGGGGGCCUUUCUGUUUCUUCUCCUCCAGCCCGGCUCCCCCUUAUCACUGAGCUCUGAGCGUCCCCCAGAGCCGCUCCGCCGCGCACCUCCUCCAGGUUCCCUCGGCGCCCGUCCUGCUCCCCUUCUCUCCUCUUCUCCGCUGCCCCCGGCCCAACCUCCCUCCUCCAGCCCCUGCCGCGGUUCACCAUGUCCGUGUGUCAAGGGUCGCGGGACGAGUCCCCCGUCCAGCGGCCGGGCCUCCGGGACCCCCGCCCGCCCUCAGCCGCUCGGUUGGCCCCAGCUCGGGGCUGAGUCUGCCGCCGCCACCGCCGAAAAGCCCCCCGGAGUCUCCUUCAUGGAGGACCGUCUGACUCCCUUCGGGGCAGAGGAUUGGGGGAAAGACCCCACCAAAGGCGCGCUGGACGGUGCCGAUGGGCUUCCCGGAGCGACACUCUCCCAACCCCUCACCCCGGCUGGGGUGAGCGGAGGGUCAAGGCUGCCCGGCCCACCAAGCGGGGGGCGCGCCGGCCCUCCCCUCCCGGACAAAGCCACAGCAGCUGCCCGGGAUCGGCUGGGGACCCCCGAGCGGCAACCUCCCACCGGAGCGGCCCCCGGGCCCCGGGACCCGCCGGACCCAGCCGUGGUGGCGACGGACCAUCAGGGUGUCUUUCCCAACCUCUACGGCCGGCGGCCAGACGGAGGAACGGGGUCUAGGGACAGCGCGGGCGGAGAGAGCUCUCCCGGGAGAGGGGGCACUGGCGGCCCGGGCCGAGGGGCCCGAGAGGCCGGGAGAGAUGUGCUGGAGCAGCUGCCCGCCCUUGAGAUGUCCGGCACGGAGAGGAUUUCCACUUCUGGCCAGGCAGGCGCAGGAGUGGGGCCGGGGGAGCGCGGGGUGGCGGCUCACCCGCUGCGCAUGGCCGGCUGGGGUGGGGCACCGGUGCUGAGAGCCCGAGGGAUCCCGCCUGUGCCCGCCGAGGCAACCGGGAAGAGGCCCGGCUCGUGGCACGGACCCGGAGAUGUAGCUGGCUCUGCCCGGAGCCCGGAGGGCCACUGGGCCCUAAGAGGCAGCCUCUGUGCCCCUCUGCUUGGAAUGGACUCGCCCUCCUCCCCUUUCUGCUUCUCCUCCUUCUCCCUCUCCGCGGGAGCCCCCGUGACGGGCCGCCCCCUUGUCGCUCAGAUCCGCUCGGUGAUCCAGAGGAGCCGGCAGACGGCCCACGCGCACCCCAUGUCCCGGGAGGCUUGGCCCCGCCGCCGUCCAGGCCGCCGGCCGGGCCCGGUCAUCCUGCAGCAGACCCCGUCGCAGGACCGGCUCAUCUCCGAGCUGCGGGGCCGGCUGGGCCUCGGGCCCGCGGAGGAGGUGGCCGCGGACGCGGGCGGCCCGGAGGCCUGGCUGACGGAAGGCGUGGUCAUCACCGUGCAGCCCCGGGGGCGGCAGGAUGGGGGGCAGCUCAUAGAAAAGGUAGUGGGUGGGCAGACGCGCCCGGGCCCGGCUCCGGGCUGGGAGGAAACAGCCGGGAGAGAGUGGCGGCCGGCCGGGGAGGGCCUGGGCACGAAGGCUCAGGGGAGCCCAGCAACCUUGGGGUUGGGAGACCCCCGAGCCCAGAUCUGGGCCGGGCCCAGAAAAGGUCCUUGCUCCUUGCCCCUGGAGAACUGCGGGCAGGGGAGGAGUUACAGAGAGGCCCCCGAGAGUAGCCCGGGCCGGGCCGGGCCGCCCCUCCGCCCCACCUCCCCUCCCGGGCCUUCGUCCGCUCCUCGUUCCGGACCCCCGGGCCGCCGCCGCCGCGACUCUCCCCGGGCCGAGAAGACGGGCUCCCCUCCUCCCGAGGGGCCCGCUGCCCCCCGCCCACCCCCUGCCCCGGCGGCCCCCAGCUCCGUGACUUCCGUGGGCUGCCAGACGGACGCGGAUCCUCUCUUCCCCCCGAUGCAGUUUAUUCCAUUUCCCCCAUGGAAGAUGCAGGAGCUAGAGCCCAGAGAAGCUGGCGGGGAUGCAUCCUGGCUUCCCAAUGGCAGGCAGAGCUGUGAGGGCAGAGCGGAGGGAGUGUUCAUGGCCCAGGGGAAGGCGGGGAGCGGGUCACCCCCCGGGGGUCCCCCGAAGCCAGGGAGCCAGCUGGACAGCAUGCUGGGCAGCCUGCAGUCGGACCUGAACAAGCUGGGCGUCGCCACCGUGGCCAAGGGCGUCUGCGGGGCCUGCAAGAAGCCCAUCGCCGGCCAGGUGGUGACGGCCAUGGGCAAGACCUGGCACCCGGAGCAUUUUGUCUGCACCCACUGCCAGGAGGAGAUCGGCUCGCGGAACUUCUUCGAGCGCGACGGGCAGCCUUACUGUGAAAAAGACUAUCACAACCUCUUUUCCCCGCGCUGCUACUACUGCAACGGGCCCAUCCUGGAUAAAGUGGUGACCGCCCUGGACAGGACGUGGCACCCGGAGCAUUUCUUCUGCGCCCAGUGCGGAGCCUUCUUCGGACCUGAAGGGUUCCACGAGAAGGACGGCAAGGCGUACUGCCGCAAGGAUUACUUCGACAUGUUUGCCCCCAAGUGCGGGGGCUGUGCCCGGGCCAUCCUGGAGAAUUACAUCUCAGCACUCAACACCCUCUGGCAUCCCGAGUGCUUCGUCUGCCGGGAGUGCUUCACCCCGUUCAUCAACGGCAGCUUCUUCGAGCACGCCGGGCAGCCGUACUGCGAGGUCCACUACCACGAGCGCCGCGGCUCCCUCUGCUCCGGCUGCCAGAAGCCCAUCACGGGCCGCUGCAUCACCGCCAUGGCCAAGAAGUUCCACCCCGAACAUUUUGUCUGUGCCUUCUGCCUCAAGCAGCUCAACAAGGGAACCUUCAAGGAGCAGAACGACAAGCCCUACUGCCAGAACUGUUUCCUCAAGCUCUUCUGCUAGGCCGGGCCGGCCGGCCCCCCGCCGCCCCCCGGCCCCC